CCCCCUCUCCUCUGCUUCUUUCAGCCUAUCUGCAGAGAUUCUCUCUCCCUUUCUCUCUUUCUCUCUCUGAAAGCCCUGUUUCUCUCUCUAGUCUCUACAUUGGCCUCUCUUUCUUGCUCUACUCAUCCCUAUCACGUUUCUUCCUCUCUAACGUUCAGUUAUUUCAAUUCUGGUGAGUUCUGUUCUCGAGGAUUGUCAUUUACUUGGGUUCAUUCACGUUCAUUAUCUUGCUUCACAUAUAGAGAGACUUCAAAAACAGUCAAUUUCUUUGAUGAUGAAACCAUUGUCAGGGAAAUUCUUGCAUUUUAUCGCUCUAAAAACAUAAAUUUUCAGUUAUCUGGGUUUUUUCUGUUGAUUUUGAUUACCAAAUGUGUGUUCAUGGGAGAUAUCAUAGUUGGUUUCCUUUGGUUUUUAAUAGUUUAGAUAUUUUGUGAAAAAGGGUUUUGUGUAAUACAUGAACAAGUUGUUUGUCUUUGUGGCAGAUUUAGUUUCUGGACACAACUAAUUUUAAAUAUUUAUGAACAACUUUUGAGGUUGUGCAUACAUUUUUUUUUUCAAAAAUUUCAAAUCUCUACAAGUUACUGGUCCACUUUUUCUUGGUUUUAUAUAUUUUUUUUGGUUCAACCGUUGUCUGUACGAAUCGUUUGGGCCACUUACGCUCACCCAGACCAAUUCCCUCUUCGUCUGGUCAAAGUAGACCAUCUGUACCGGUAUUGAAGUAUUAAUGAGGGAUGAAUUCCUCCUGACCUUAAAAGAUUAUCAAAAUUCAAAUUGAGAAUGUCUAAUUUACAGUCUGUGAUAUCGCUUGAGUUAUCCAUUGGGGUUAUUGGCUCAGUAUUGGAAGUGGUCGUGGAUUGUCCAUUCAGACACUCAUGAGGGCCUCAUCCUAGUUGUUGGUUUUUUGAGUCAAGAGUAUUCUAAAGAUUAUAGACCCCAACUUUUCCCAAGUCAUAAAAAUUUUCCGAUUGAGAAUAAGAUUGAAUGUUGAUAUGAACUUGGGUGGAUUUAAACUAUCCUGGCACGCAAUGCUUACCUCUUUUCAUUCUCUACUCAAGCUAUUUUAGAUUAAGAUGGAGUACGAGGAACGUUUCAGGCAGGUUCAGAGGCCAAUAUAUGAUUGUCUUCUGUUUGAUCUCGACGAUACUCUUUAUCCCCUUAGUUCUGGUUUAGCAGUGGGAUGCCGCAAGAAUAUUGAAGAUUACAUGAUUGAGAAGCUAGGCAUACAUAGGAGCAAAAUCCCUGAUUUGUGCAACCUACUUUACAAGAAUUAUGGGACAACAAUGGCAGGCCUUAGGGCAAUUGGUUAUGAUUUCAACUAUGAUGAGUAUCAUAGUUUUGUUCAUGGGAGAUUACCUUAUGAAAAUCUAAAACCUGAUCCUGUUCUAAGAAGUCUUUUGCUUAGUGUACCUCUUAGGAAAGUAAUCUUCACAAAUGCCGACAGGGUCCAUGCUGCUAAAGUUCUUAGCAUUCUUGGGCUAGAAGACUGUUUUGAAGGAAUAAUCUGCUUUGAGACUUUGAAUCCCACCCACAAAAACACUGCAUCUGAUGAUGAGGAUGACAUUGAAUUUGCGGGCUCAAUGGAAAUUCCUAGUAACAAUACCAGAAGUAAGGAGAUUUUUGACAUUAUUGGCCAUUUCUCUCAACCUAAUGCAGGAUCAGUGUUGCCAAAAACACCAAUUGUCUGCAAACCAUCUGAAGAUGCUAUUGAACGGGCACUGAAAAUAGCUGAAAUCAACCCCCAGAGAACACUGUUCUUUGAAGAUAGUGUCCGUAACAUACAGUCCGGAAAGCGUGUAGGCCUCUACACAGUGCUGGUUGGAAAUUCUCAGAGAACCAAAGGUGCAGAUUAUGCAUUAGAAAGCAUCCAUAACAUCAGGGAAGCAUUACCAGAGCUUUGGGAAACUGAUAAGAUGUCUGAAGUUAGUUAUUCUGGCAAGGUUCCACUAGUGGAAACAUCUGUUACAGCAUAGAUUUAUGUCAUACUCUCCUGUGCCAGGAAUUCCAUUCUAAUGCCCUGUUUUAUUUCCCAUGAUGUAGAUUGUUUGUUGUUAUCAUCAAUUAAUAAAAAGUGGCAUAGAAUGUUUACAUAAACCGCGUCUAUUACCCCCGUUCCUGUUUCAGUCAUCUCAUGAGCAGUCUGUGAUCAUAGAUAUGU